AUGUGCAAACUUUAAAUGAGAGUUGAAAGAAUCACGGAAGAAGCGGGACAAGUGAGUCAAAAUGUACCCGAGUUCCUCAGAGCCCCAGAGCCCGAGGCCGCGUGCAGCCAGGCCGCGGACACCUCCCCUUCCGUCUUCCGUCUGACGUCACAGGGCGCGGCCGACGCGGGUGUCCGGGCUCGGCGAGCUCUGGGAGCGCGCGAGUGCGCGCGGAGGUGGUUUGAAAAAAUGCAGCGGGAUUUAGUUAGUUUGCCGCUGUCCCCGGCCGUGCGAGUGAAGCUGGCGUCUGCAGGUUUCCAGACUGCUGAGGAACUCCUAGAGGUGAAACCCUCCGAGCUCAGCAAAGAAGUUGGAAUAUCUAAAGAGGAAGCCUUAGAAACUCUGCAAAUUAUAAGAAGAGAAUGUCUUACAAAUAAAACAAGUUAUUCUGUUACAGCUGAGUCAGGCAGGAAGUGUACAGCCCUGGAACUUCUUGAACAGGAGCAUACCCAGAACUUCAUAAUUACCUUCUGUUCAGCACUGGAUAAUAUUCUUGGGGGUGGAAUACCCUUAACCAAAACAACAGAAAUUUGUGGUGCACCAGGUGUUGGAAAAACACAACUAUGUUCUUCUCUUGACAGUAUGCAGCUGGCAAUAGAUGUGCAGAUACCAGAAUGUUUUGGAGGAGUGGAAGGUGAAGCAGUUUUUAUUGAUACAGAGGGGAGUUUUAUGGUUGAUAGAGUGGUAGACCUUGCUACUGCCUGCAUUCAGCACCUGCAGCUUAUAGCAGGAACACAUAUGGAAGAAGAGCACCCAAAGGCUUUGCAGGAUUUCACUCUUGAAAAUAUUCUUUCCCAUAUUUAUUAUUUUCGUUGUCGUGACUACACAGAACUACUGGCACAAGUUUAUCUGCUUUCAGACUUCCUUUCAGAACACUCAAAGGUUCGAUUAGUGAUAGUGGAUGGUAUCGCUUUUCCUUUUCGUCAUGACCUAGAUGACCUGUCCCUUCGUACUCGAUUAUUAAAUGGCCUAGCCCAGCAGAUGAUCAGCCUGGCAAACAACCACAGAUUAGCUGUAAUUUUAACCAAUCAGAUGACAACAAAGUUUGAUAGAAAUCAGGCCUUGCUGGUUCCUGCACUGGUUAUCCUGUUCUUUUUCCCUCAGGGGAAAGUUGGGGACAUGCUGCUACAAUACGGCUUAUCUUUCACUGGGACCAAAAGCAAAGCAGGUUGGCGACAUUGUACAAAUCACCAAGCCAGAAGGAAUCUACAGUACCAUUUCAGAUCACACCCCAGGGAUUUAGAGAUGCUGUUGUUGCUACUGCAUAUUCAUUGCAAACAGAAGGUUCAUUGAAUUCCCGGAAGCGAUCACGGGACUCAGAGGAAGAACAGGAAUCCAAAGACUAGUCUCAAAGUAUACAUGUGUAUUGAUGCUUUGAAAGAUGCAAUGUUUACAAGUAGUAGACUCUUACUUUAGAGUAUAAACACGCUAUGGUGUGAAUGAAUUAGGUCUAUAUAUUAAGUGAAUGGUGAAUGAACAAAUCAGGUCUAUACUAAGUGAAACUACUUAACAAAUAUGAUUCUCUGAAAGAGUUCUUCUAAAUUAAGCAUUGUUCUAUAGUUAUAUGUGACCCUGUUUUCAUUGUUAAUAACAUUGAGUAGAGGUAUUACAGGUAUUGUGUUUUGCAAAUGUGGAAAGCUGAUCUCAUGUGGCUAAUCUGAAUUUAUUAUUCAGACUGUUUUUUUCCCUUGUUUCUUUGCCAGUUGCCUAGACAUUUCUAGGAAGAAAAGAUUUUUUUCACACUACCGUUGUGCUCUUCUCUUUAAAUGUAGCUUUGAUAACUCUUAAAAAUGACCUAUUUCUAUAAAGAAAAGCCAGCACCAUGAGUCAGCAUAUUAUUACAUUCAGUUGAUGGGUAGGAUACAAAUUUUAGAUGACCACUCUGAUUUUAGUGACCUCAAUCCUAAAAUUGAAGUCAUUGGUUCAUUUUUUAAUGUUAUUUUAUAAUGUUAAAGGAAAGACUUAGAAGUUGUUAUCCCAUCUAGAACAUUGACUGGAACCUACAUCUUCCAGUAUAUUCAGGUUGAUAAGCUCACAGUCAUUUAUUUCUGUAUUUUUGAAACAUGAUGUGAUCCAGUUCUAGGUGUAUUGACAUUUUCCUUUGAAUAAUCUUAACACUGCUUGAAUAAAUUAAAAAUCUGAAUUCUUGAGUGGUUUCAAAAUCUAAAAAUGUUUUGGUACCUGGUUUCUCUUAGUACUUCUUAAUUCAUUUACAAGAUUUACUUUGACUCCUAGAGAAGAAAAUUAUUUAAGUGAUUGAAUAUUAUAUAAUGUGACAACCAUAUUUUCCAGAUUUUAGUGACAGUUGGUAUUUCCUGUCCCAGACUGAACACUAAAUUCAUAAAAUUUUAAACAUGUAAUUAUUCUGUAAUUGAUUAUACACAAUCUUAACUAUAGUUUGCAAAGACUUUUUAAAAAGCAAAAGAAGGCUCUGCUAGCCAUUAUACCAGGACAUAAAUCAGGGCUAUCCCAGGAAAAUCAGGUUUAUGGGCAUCCUAAUUAUCUAAGACUAAUUUCAAUUGAUUACUUUAGGAUAACCAAGUGUAGCUAUCUUAUUUUGGAGUACUUUAAGGCAUAUAUUUUUAUUAUAAUUAAUGCAGUCAUUGUAAAAAUUUACUUGUCAUUUUGUAUUCUGUCUAUUCAAAUCAUAACAUUAGGAGAGUAAGGGGGUUGUUAAGUGAUAAUUAUCAGUGUUACCAGGCAUCGGAUACUAUAAGAGCUCAUUUUAUAAAGCAUUAUGACACUGUACUUUAAAAGAACUGUAGGACUCUGAAUAUAGACAAAGCCAAGUGUAUUUCUUUUGUUUGCAACUUUUUAAAUAAAAUUUACAUAUCAUAGCUUUUCAAAA